UGGAUUUAUACCCGUAGUGAGGUUGAUGUGAACUGACACUACAAAUUUUUUUUUUAAAAAAAAAUAAUAGGAAGGCAUAUAUAGCUGGCCAAUAGACAAAAGAAAUCACAGUUGCUACCUUGCUACCCGGUACAUUAAAGUAACGUACAAUUUCAACUUCCAAUUUUUAUAUGUGGAUGAUCAAAUCUUUUAUCAACCAUCAUCAAUCAGGUCUUCUCUCUAGAAGAAAAUCGAUGGCUGGUUCCUGGUUUUCCCUCCUCUUUCUUCUUCUUCUCCCUUUGGUAGCCAUUUCUCUCCUCCAAAAACACAAAAGAUCAAAACCCUCAAAACGUCAAAAUCCCCCUGGUCCUCCGAAGCUUCCAUUAAUUGGAAACUUGCACCAAUUCGACGGUUUAAAACCUCAUGAAUGCCUAAUGAAACUAUCCCAAAAGUAUGGCCCCCUCAUGUCAUUGAAACUCGGAAGAAUUCCGGUCAUCGUGAUCUCGUCGGCGGAGAUGGCGAAAGAAGCUCUCAAAAACAAUGACCUUACAUUUUCCAAUAGGCCAAUUUCAGUCGCUAACCAGAAAUAUUCUCGCAAUGGCAUAGACCUUGGCUUCGCACCUUAUGGUGAGUAUUGGAGGGAAAUGAGGAAACUGACUGUUCUUCACCUCUUCAGCUUGAAGAAAGUUCAAUCUUUUCGCCCGAUUCAUGAAGACGAAGUUGCCCAAGUAGUCAAACAAAUAUCCGAUCUUUCUUCUUCAUCUCAAAUUAUCGACAUAGGGUCCACAAUGGUGUCAUUAAACAGCCGUACCAUAUGUCGAAUCGCUUUCGGAAAGAAAGGAGAUGAAAAAGAUAAAGAAGAAAGUAAGGAGAAACCUAAGAGAAGAAGCGCGCACGAAAUCCUUCAAGAGGCUGAGGCAUUUUUAGGAGGGUUUUUCGUGGCCGAUUAUUUCCCUUCAUUAGGUUGGAUUGAUAAGUUGACUGGAAUGCUUCCUCGUCUAGAUAAGAAUUUCAAGGAAUUGGAUUCUUUCUACCAAGAACUUAUUGAAGAGCAAUUGGCCAAAUCAGAAAGGAAAGAGUCCUUGAGUAAUGACAAUGUUCUUCAACUGUUGAUCCAGCUCAAAGAAGACAAAUCAAUAUCCACAGUUGACUUGACUUGGGAUCACAUCAAAGCAAUUCUCACGACCAUAUUUCUUGCCGCAUCAACGUCAACUGCAUCAGCAAUCACAUGGGCUAUGACAUGUCUUAUGAAAAACCCAUCCACCAUGGAGAUAUUAAAAGCUGAAAUCAGAGAUUCUUUUCGGAGUAAAGGCAAAAUAGAAGCAGAGCAAUUGGAAAGCCUUCCUUAUUUGAAUGCAGUGAUAAAAGAAACUCUUAGAUUGCAUCCUCCAGCUCCACUGUUAGUCCCAAGACAAACCAUAGAAACUUGCACAUUAGGAGGUUAUGAAAUCCAACCUAAUGCCAUGGUUUUCAUCAAUGCUUGGGCUAUUUCAAGAGACCCCAAAAUUUGGGAAAGUCCAAACGAGUUUAAGCCGGAGAGAUUCUUUAACAAUGAUAUUGAUUUGAUGAAUGGACAACAUUUUGAACUGAUCCCAUUUGGGUCUGGUCGCCGGGGCUGCCCUGGAGCCCAUUUAGCACUCGCAAUGGCCCAGCUUGUGCUUGCUAAUCUUUUACAUUUCUUUGAUUGGGAGCUGCCAUCUGGAAUGAAGCCAGAAGAUAUUGAUACUGCGGGUUUGCCUGGAAUUAGUGUGCUUCCAAAAACCCCACUUUACUUGGUAGCCAAGAAAUGUUCUUAAUGAGUUGAGCAAUACUCCUUCUGACAAUGGUCCAGUUUGUUAUAACAAAUUGAAUUAUUUCUCAAACACGGAAGGAGUUGUUAACUUUAAACUCAAUUGAUAUUUUGUGCUUUUUAGUCUUAUGUAAAUUUUAAGCGUUUCUUAUCGUGUAAUGGAUCUCGAUUUGUAUCGUUUUUGUGAGGAACUUUUUUAGGGAUAUCUUGAAUUUAAUGGGUUUUUCUUAUGUUUGUUUGUUUUACGAUAUUAGUGGAGUUUCUAACCCGAG